CCGCCAUGUCUAACAUACAAAACAUCAGUAUACCCUCGCUUCCGGUCCCGGGCGAAGAGUCUGAUAGCCACGAUAUGCCAUCCCAGAUCAGCCUCGAGCCUCCAAAACGGUCUGUUUCGACGACAGAACAGUAUUUUAAUGCCGCCUCCGAAUACAUGUCUGAACACCCCGUGAUAACUGGUAUUGGUGCGUUCGCAGCCGCGUACGUUGCCGCGGGAAUGUACAAGAAGUUCAGCUCUUCAGGAGCGUCCAAAUUUUACAAAGGAGGCUUUGAUCCAAAGAUGAACGCCAAGGAAGCCUUAAGGAUCCUGGAUCUCAAGGAAAGCACGCUGACGAAGGCCAAAUUGAAAGAAAACCACCGAAGAAUCAUGUUAUUGAAUCACCCUGAUAAAGGAGGGUCGCCGUUCCUGGCCACAAAAAUCAACGAGGCUAAGGAUUUCCUCGAGAAGAGAGGCAUCAACAAAUAAGCUAUUGUAAAUAGGGGAAUCAAUAUGAAAGGUAUUGUCGAAAAUAGUGCAACGUACUACGAAAAGGUCAGCUCCAUUUCCACCACUUUUUCUUUUCCGCCGCUUCCUGGCGCUUCUCCAGCUCUGACUGCGCCGUGUCCAGCGCCCUCAUCAGGGUCUCUUCUCUGUUCUGUCUCACUUUUUCCGCCUGCACCACGUGUUUGACUCCAAACCGGUCCUUCACAAACUCAUUGCCGUCCUGUACAUGCACGAGAUCGUUUUCUUGAUUUUUUUCAUACACGAUCGACGGCAGCGGUUUCUGGGGAAUCGUUCUGGCCUGAUCGUAGUAGUACAGGUCUCUAUAGUCUUGAUCGUUUAAUUCACCCAUAAUCCACUCCUUUGCGCGGAGCUGCAUGCGUCUGAAGGGUGCCAAAACGUGGUCGUAGUCGUUCCAUCUGAAGAAAAACACGCCCAGCACGGUGAACCCCACCAUCAGGGAGAUUCCGGUAAGUCUGGCCCCUCUUUCGAAUUUGUUUGUGUAGUUCACGCGACGAAGAACCUUGUACCUUCCCGGAUACAGCUCAGAGGCCGGCCGUGGAAAAUACUCCAGCCUUUUCAUGUCAAUCCUCAAUUUCGAAAAAUCCCCCACAUCUUGAGCCAAGGUGCCUGAGUUCUCCUUGAGCUUGCCCGGGGCGCUGAACUCACUGGGGUAUCCCUUGGCAGGACGCAGGUCAGACGGGUCAUAGGGAUUGUACGGUGCCUUGGGCGGAACCCAGCCGGGCGGAUUGGGCCGUCUUUCGAAAUCAUCCAUGGUAACUCAAAUAAAUAAUC